UAUUUUGUUUAUUUAUCAGGAGGAAACCAAUAAAACAUGGAGACAUAUUUGUCAUCGAUUUAAGUUUCAGCAAAAGCGAAUCCUUCGGCGAUCUACUCACCUCGUUAGGGUUAGGGAAUCGCCGAUCCGCCGAGGUCCUACUCGUCCAUGGCAGCCGAUGGAGAGUCCGGCGGAGCGGUCCCUGCCUCCGCCACCAUCCACAUCCGGUGCUCCAACGGCUCCAAGUUCUCCGUGCAGGCGGCGCUCGACGAGAUGGUGGGCGCGUUCAAGGCCGUCGUCGCCAGCAGCUGUGACGUGCCGGCGGAACAGCAGCGGCUGAUUUACAAGGGAAGGAUCUUGAAGGACGACCAUACUCUCGCGAGCUACGGUGUUGAAUCAGAUCAUACCAUUCACAUGGUUCGUGGUGGUGCUCCUUCUGCUGUGCCAACUAACAAAGUUGUGAAUAACCAAGGUGUUUCAAGAGCAACAGACACUAAUCCAUCAUCUACUUUUGGAGGUUCCCUUUCUCCGGGCUUGAGUGUUAAUGGGUUAUCUGGUAGUGGGACAGCUGGUUUAUUGGGAGCUGGAUUUCCAGAGCUUGAUCAGAUGCAGCAGCAGCUUAGUCAGAACCCUAAUAUUAUGAGGGAAAUUAUGAAUAUGCCUGCCAUGCAGAAUCUCAUUAGCAAUCCAGAUAUAAUCCGCAAUCUUUUUAUGAACAAUCCCCAAAUGCGUGAAAUUAUUGACCGUAAUCCUGAGCUUGCGCAUGUCCUCAAUGAUCCAAAUACUCUGAGGCAGACACUUGAGGCAGCAAGGAAUCCUGAACUCAUGAGGGAGAUGAUGCGUAACACUGAUAGGGCAAUGAGCAAUAUCGAAUCAUCUCCUGAAGGAUUCAACAUGCUACGACGCAUGUAUGAAACUGUUCAGGAGCCAUUUCUUAAUGCAACCACUAUGGGAGGCGACUCAGGGGUUGACAUAGGAUCCAACCCAUUUGCUGCUCUUCUCAGAAAUCAGGGUGCUGGACGUGGCAGUGGCAGAGAGACGUCAGCAGAUUCCACUCUUAGUUCAGAGCCAACAACUGGGACUGUACCUAAUGCCAAUCCUCUUCCUAACCCUUGGGGUGCCAACUCUGGAGGGUCACAGCCAGUCAAUACACAAUCAACUGCUGCAACUGCACCAACAACUCGUGGGUUAACUGGUCUUGGUUCACUGGAUUUAGAAAACAUGGUUGGCAGGAUGCAAGAUCCAUCCAUGUUAAGUCAGAUUUUGCAAAAUCCUGCUAUGACGCAGAUGAUGCAAAAUCUCCUUUCUGAUCCUCAGUAUGUGAACCAGAUGCUUAAUUCGAACUCCAAUGUGCGAAGUUUAUUGGAAUCAAAUACUCAGUUAAGAGAGAUGAUGCAAAACCCAGAUUUUAUACGCCAGCUUAUGUCACCUGAAACAAUGCAGCAACUUUUAUCUUUUCAACAAUCUCUGUUCUCCCACAUUGGUCGGCAGCAGUCAACCACGGAGCAAGAGCAGACAGGUCGAGGCACUGGCACACAAAACAACACAGGGAUGGAGUUCCUGAUGAACAUGUUUGGUGGGCUUGGCACAGGAGGUCUUGGCAUCCCCAACCCUUCAAAUGUCCCUCCAGAAGAACUUUAUGCGACUCAGUUAUCUCAGCUUCAAGAAAUGGGAUUUUACGAUACACAAGAGAACAUCCGAGCGCUAACUGCCACUGCAGGGAACGUCCAUGCUGCUGUCGAGCGACUGCUUGGGAAUCCCAGGCAGUAACUCCACUUGGAAUAUCAGUACUCAGCUUGUGUCCUUCAAUGAGUCUGUAAGGCUUACCACUUUUAAGAUCUUGUCUGUAAGAUUCAACAGUUUUCAGAUUCUCCAAUAGCUUGUUCCAUCGGUUUUUAAUUGUCAGCAAAAAUGAUUCGAGAUAACGGCUUCUUUUUAACAUUACCAUAUUUAUUUAAUGUUUAUGUGCACAUACAAGGAUGUACCUUUGUUGAUAUCAUAUACUGUGAAUAAUUAAGAGUA